UUAUUGAGAAUCAAACGUGAAUAUUAUUAUUGUUCAGUUUUCGUUUUUACUUUGUCGUGAAAGGUGUGUUUGGCAUUCUUUGAACGAGAACAAAUCGUGAAGUUAUAUAUUUUUUGAAUAUAUGGUAUCAUUUUGUUAAUAGUUGAAGCACUACGACGUGUGAUGUGGCUAAAACAAAUAUGUUGUGAUCAAUAAUACUGCUCUAUCUGCACAAUCUGAUCGUGAAAAUAAAAACUGCUAAAAUAGGUUGUUAUAAAUUUCAUAUUUCGAUCAUUUGUGUAGAAACAUUUUUUGGAGCUAAACGGAUCAACUUUCGAUUAAGCACAACUAAACAUGCAGCGCUGGUGGUUCCUCGAAGAAAAAGAUACCGCUGCUAAUAGCGUAACAUCUUUAUCUUCAAAUGUGAAAAAAACUAAACCUUUAGAAACAGCUGGAGAUCGGAAAUACAACUUCCGUGUUUUAGUUAACUAUGAGUUGCUGAAAGAUGAAACGAUUGCCGUUACCGGAAACUGCGACGCUUUAGGCAAUUGGGAAGCAGAACGAUGCAUCCAGAUGCAACCGGAGAAUGACAGCGAGAACGUCUGGUGCAUAGAGAUCAAUUUACCUCAGAAUACUGCUGUUAGUUACAGAUAUUUGAUAUGUUCAAUUGACCCCAGUAGCGAAAACGUGCACGUGCGCCGUUUUGAAACUCAUAUUACUCCACGAUCUGUUCCGAACGACAGUACAACGAUACAGGAAACUAGAAUAGACACACUUGGUGAUAUCGAAGGUUCGGUCAAACUAGACAAGGGUUGGUUAACAACCGAAACAAUUAUACAGUUCAAGUUCUUCAACAAUCCUUUUUCGGUUAAGGAACGAAUUAAGAAUCGAUUACUUUACGUAAAGAUAACACCAAUGAACUUGCGCAUAAACGCAGAAUCACAUCAUUUAACGAGCCUAGAAGAGUCAUUAUCCAAUGAUACUCGAGAGAACGGAAUCGAACACCAGGCCUACGCUUUUAUCGAAUUGGUUUCUUUUCGAAAUCCCAAUUCGCUAUUCGAGCAACAAUCGCAGUUUGGUUGCCCGUAUCACCCUGAUGAUUUUAUAGUUUUUAACGUGACAGUAGCUGAGCCGGAGAAUGUUGCUUAUCUCGUGGACCUUUACGCCUAUAGUUCUAGAUCGACAAAGGAUGAUCCUCCAUACCACCUAGGCUAUCAUUAUAUUUUACCAAACUUUCUAAAGAAUUCUGAAGGAAUAUUAGAACUUCCAGUGACUUGCGCCACUAAACAUCGACCUUUAGGCAUGAUGCGUAUCGAGUAUCUAAAAGUUACACCGUUAUUAUCAUCCACAUGUAAUCUGGAAAAAUCUUACAUUCGCUACUGGAACAAAAGAUGGACUGGGUUAGAUGUAGGACAUCGUGGAUCCGGAACUAGCUUUAAGACGAGUGAAGGUAGUGUGAUCCGUGAAAACACUAUCGCCUCUCUGAAAAAAGCCGUAGCUCACGGAGCCGAUAUGGUUGAGUUUGAUGUUCAACUGAGUAAAGAUUUGGUACCUGUCAUCUAUCAUGAUUUUGAUAUUUAUGUCUCACUCAAACGCAAAACAACUCUCGAGACGAACGAUAUGUUGGAACUACCAAUGCGUGAAUUGACAUUAGAGCAGCUCAAAAACUUGAAGGUCUACCAUGUCGUAGAAGGUAGAAAUCGUGAAGCAAAGUUCUUUGAUGAAGAUCUUGAUGAGCAUCAGCCCUUUCCGCAGCUUGCCGAUGCGCUGGAGUUAAUUGACCCACACUGCGGCUUCAACAUCGAGAUAAAGUGGUCGCAAAAACUGAAAGACGGCAGGAUGGAGUCCGAUUUACACUUUGAUUCCAAUUUAUACGUUGAUUGUAUUUUAAAAGUCGUUCUAGAAAAGGCUGGUAGUCGUCGUAUUGUGUUUUCCUGUUUCGAUGCGGAUAUCUGCACUAUGCUACGACUGAAGCAAAAUCUGUAUCCCGUGAUGUUCCUCACUCUCGGUGUGACCAGCCGUUAUCCUAGUUAUCACGAUCCGCGAUGUAAUUCGAUUGAAAUGGCCGUAAUAAAUGCCUGUGCCACUGAACUGCUGGGAAUUGUGGCUCACACAGAAGACUUGUUGCGAGACCACUCUCAGGUCAACUUGGCAACCGAAAAAGGGUUAAUUAUUUUCUGCUGGGGCGAUGACAACAAUUGUAAAGAUACGAUUAAGCACUUGAAAAGCCUAGAAAUUCAUGCUAUUAUCUAUGACAAGAUGGACAUCUACUCAGAUAAGGCUGUUAAGGAAAGUGUAUUUUUAGUUGGUGCUCGUGAGUCCCAAGCUGCAAUUUUACAGCAAAUUGAUGUAGAAAACCGCCACGAGCAAAUUACGCAUCAAGAAUCACUUGACCAGAGCAGAACUAUGAUGAAAGCAGAUAUAACGGAUGUUUCUCUUGGCAGUUUUUGUGCAACGAAUUCUGUUUGAUUAUCGAUUGAAUCCUAGAAAAAUGAGAGAUUGAAGACAUCAAUAAUUGCUACUAGAGUAAUAACAAAUUAGAAGUUGCGCAAUCAUUUGAUAUUUAGGAAAUAGAUAUUUCAAAUUUACCGAAAAAUACUAACAACAAUAGAUGCAUUCUCAUAAUGUGGCGGUUUUGGGAAAUAGUAACCGUUGUUUACAACGUGUUUUCUGCUAUGUUCUUCAAGCCACAGUUUAAGAAUGAUUAAAAAUGACGAUUAUAGAAACGGGUUGCUAGUACCGUGAGGCGCCCUCAUUCCGUGCGGCUCCUUAUUCCGAGCACUUCGUAUCAAAAUUUAAAAAAAAUAUAUAAAAAUUAAAAAUAGUGAAGAUGAUUUUUGUAUACUUCCAAACAUACUUUUUGAAACAUCUUCUUAUAUUUGAUAUUUUUUUCACAUUUUGAUACGAGACGCACGGAAUAAGGAGGGCGCCUUACGGUAGUUUAUUAUUAUUUGUUUAUUUUUUACAAUAUGUUUUCUACCACGCUUUAUGAAGCCUUAGAUUUUUUGAGGAUAGCGAUUAUAGGUUGAUGAUAGAUUAAUUUUCUUGAGAUAUUUUGGUAUACCGUUAUUAUUAUCACUCCUUUUGCUCAGUAGAUUAUCAUACACCUACAUGGUGACUAAUAGGCCAUGAGAACUAUACAAAAUUAUUUUUCUAUAGGAAAAUGUUAAAGAAGUAUAAUAAAAUCAAUUGUUUUUAAAACUGUUUCGAGUAAA